AUGUUGCAGUUCGUUGUGUUUGCCACCUUGAUUGGUGUAACAUUUGCUUCGUACGGCGCAAACCUAAACUACCGCUCUCCUUCCCUUCAUCACCCUGCUCUCGGUAUCUCGGUGGGAAAGGUCGUCAAGCGACAUGUUGAGAGACAGGCCACACCAGCCUCGCAGCUGAACUUCACCCAUGGAGUUGCGUCUGGCGACCCAUACCCCAACAGUGUGAUCUUGUGGACACGAUGUGCUCCUACCUCGGACGACGUCAAAAGCAAUAGCUCUACUGGCGGCUUCGUGCCACUUUACAAUCCUGUGCCGAUCUACAAUGACACCGACGAGGGCAAGCCACCUUCGACCUCUCCUGUUUGCUUGAACUGGAAGAUCGCGAGCGACAAAGCGUUGUCAUCCGUGGUUGACCAAGGAACUGUGUACACGAGCUCGGAUGUCGACUACACAGUCAAAGUUGAAGCCUCAAACUUGCAGCCCUUUACGCAAUACUUCUACCAGUUCACCAUCUGCAACAGCAGUGUCUCGAGCAUGGUCGGCAGAACUAAGACUACUCCUUUGACCACGGACAAUGUCACCGGGGUUAACCUGGCGGUUUAUUCUUGCAGCAAUUUUCCGUUUGGUUUCUUCAACGCAUACGGUAACCCGGUCCGCAAAGAUUCGGUCGACUAUGUUCUGCACCUCGGUGAUUAUAUCUACGAGUAUGCCAACGGCGAAUAUGGAUGGGGUCAGACUAUUGGACGUGUCCCUUUGCCAGAUAGACAGAUCUAUACGCUCUAUGAUUACCGCAAGCGUCAUGCCACCUACAAGACAGAUCUUGACCUGAUCGCCAGUCAUGCGAACUUCCCCUGGAUCGCUGUCUGGGAUGAUCAUGAGGUUGCCGACAACACCUACCGCGAUGGCGCUGCCGAGCUCAACAACACCGAAGCGUCGUUUAUCCAAGACGGUGGCGUCUCGGUGGAUCAGAGAAAGAUGAACGCUGUCCGAGCAUACUUUGAAUGGAUGCCCAUCAGACAAGUCGAGAUGGGUGAUGAUCUUCGGAUCUGGCGAUCGUUUUCAAUUGGCAACCUGUUUGACCUCAUCAUGCUCGAUACUCGCCAGUAUGACCGCUCUCUCACAGACCUGUACUGGAAUACCGACUACAUCCACGAGAUCUCAAACGAUGCGGGUCGCACCAUGAUGGGCUCUCGCCAGGAAAAUUGGUUCUAUCAAUCCCUGAUCGACUCGAAGAACCGUGGCGCAGCGUGGCGUGUCAUUGGAUCUCAGACGGUCUUUAGCCGUAUCAACGAAUCCGUGGCGUACGGCAACGUCAACCCCCUCGAUUACGAUGCAUGGGACGGAUAUCAAGCCAACCGCAACCGCACCUUCCAGACACUAUACGGCAAUAACAUUACCAACAACAUUAUGCUCUCAGGAGACAGUCAUGCAAAUUGGGUUUCUGACCUCGUGUGGUUGGACAAUCACCCGUACGACCCUGCGACCGGUGCGGGAGCCAUCGGAGUUGAAUUCGGCGGCACGGCCGUCACGUCCCCAUCGCCGUACGGCGCAAACAUCUCGCUCGCGCGCAGUAACCAAGCCAGUGAGUGGCUUGUGGGUGCUAACCGUGAACUGCAAUGGCAAGAGAUUUACUACCGGGGAUAUUACGAGUUGCACAUCACCCAAGAGCAGGUCAACGCGUAUUAUUUUGGGAUGCCGACGGUGGUCAGCCGUAAUCCGAACGAAAUCUCGCUCGCCAACUUCACUGUCGUCAGUGGUGAGAACAAGCUCCAUCGCUUCAACGGCACCGUGGUUCCCAGUCCUGUAGAAAACGGCUUCGUCAAGUUUGGACAAACCAAGCAGACCAACAUAACCAACGCGACGGAUACCGGGGUGUAUUUCAUCAGUCAUGCUGGACUGGAAGUGCUUUGA